ACUGAGUAUUUUAAAUGACACUGCUCCUGGCCAGCAACAUACCCUUUUGGAUAACCCACCUGAUCUAAUUUUACUAAAAUAAGAGUAAAUAGCAGAAAAUAGAUUAAGCUUCUACUUCCUGUCUGUUUUUAAAGAUUUUUUUUUUCAAACUUGAAAUGCAUUGUUUAAUGACCCUCUUUCCAAAAGGAGCUGCAUGUGCUCCUCUGAUGCUGGGUGCCUGGCCCAGCCAGAGGACUCUGGGGGAGGCAGGCUCUGCCCAGUCGGUGACGGAGGGCAAAACGUGGGAAACCAUCAAAUAGUGCAAGAACUGCUUCUGCCCUACAGAAACAAUGGGGGAUAAACGGGACACAGUGUGAAAAAUAACUCGGGAACUAUGAAGCUGUUUUUGCAGGUACGAUGGCUCGUGUCUUCGUCUACGGCACGCUGAAGAAGGGCCAGCCCAACUACAAGCACAUGAUCAAUACGGCCAAGGGGCUAGCGAAAUUCCAGGGAAGGGGCCGCACGGUGGAGAAGUACCCGCUGGUGAUUGCAGGAAAAUACAACAUUCCUUACAUGCUGAACAUCCCGGGGACAGGACACCACGUUGCUGGAGAGAUUUACUCGGUUGACGACCAGAUGCUGCAGUUCCUGGAUGAGUUUGAAGGCUGCCCAGACAUGUACCAGCGUACCCUGAUGAGAAUCGAGGUGGUGGAGUGGGAAGGGAAGGGCGGCGCGGGCGAGGCGCGGGCAGCCGCCGACGGCAUCAUGGAGUGCUUCGUGUAUAGCACGACGACAUACCCGCCCGAGUGGGUUGGCCUCCCCUACCAUGACAGUUACGACUCCUCGGGGAAACACGGCCUCUCCUACGUCCUACGCGAAAGCCGGGAUUAGAAACGGGAGAUGACACAGCCCGGCCGAAGACGUAGUACUAAGCACGUGUCGAUUGGUAACCCUUCCAGGAAAGCUGUAAUACCUUUUUAUUAAAAAACAGGUAACCUUCCCAACCCAGGAGCUGUGGCGCUAGUGUUGAAGUCUUGUAGGCCCAGAGAUGGGGACUCGUCCCUGGCUAGUCAGUGUCCUCCUCGCCCCUGCUAACCUGCUGAUAGUAACUGGGUUUGCAUGAGGUGUAAAAGAACUGUAUCUGUGUACAUCGGUUUUGGGGUCUAAUUAUUUUCUCAAUUCCCCCCCCCCCCCCCCUUGCCUCAGUGCAUGACUGAGGUCAGUGAAAGGCAGAGAAACAGACUAAUUUUAUUUUAUUUUUACCUGAAUUGACAAGUUUGCUUGUGUAGUGCUCCAGGGUGGGUGGAAUAAUGAUGAUACUAUUGCACUAAUAGCUGAAACUGAUUUAAAAAACUCAUGUCUGCAACAAAGUAAAGCACAACUUGCCUUUAAUAUUGACUUGUAAUCGUGUUCAGUAGGUUACUGAAUGUAAACAAACAGGGAGAAGUGACCAUAUAGAUACUAUGUGAUUAAGACAAAUAUGAAAUGGCUGGAGAAAUAGAGAAAUUUUAAAGACUAUUCUUACUGUGUAUUGCAAUGUUUUUCUGAACUGGAAAGGAGUAUUUUUAAAACGUUUAGUUUUAUGAGGUACUGUGAAGAAAUAAGAGAAUUACAUUUAAAAUCAUAUUUUUAAUUUAGCAUUCUAAGCACUUUAGGUACCACUUCAGUUCACUGAGUGACUGUAGGAUUUGGGGGGGAGGGGGGUGCGUCAGGGACCAGGAAAAGCAAUCCUGAUUUAGCUGCCCACCACGCUACAGCAGAUGCAGCUGUUGUGAGCACUUACUAUCAAGGUGACUUUUUGCCAAGCACUUUAAUGCAGAACUUGCAACCAUAUGCAAAGUGAAUUUCCUAUCAGGGGAAACAUUUUAUAUACAUUAUAAAAAAUAUCCAAAGGACCUGUAUUGUGAUUAUUGCAACAUUUAAACUGGAGGGAAAAAAAAAAGAUGGAAAGAAGACUAUUGUCCCCCUGACCCAACCAACUGUGCCGGUUUUUGUACAAUCUGGGAAAAUCGUGGCUUUCUGUUGUUAUGCUCCUGUGCCUUCUACUUUCCUUCAACAGCAGUGUUUGGUAGAUAUAGAUUGUACAGUAUACAAAGCUGCCAAAGGGAUGUGAGCAGGGAGUGUAUGCCGUGCAGUGAACCAAAGUACGAUUAAGUGUACUAAGGAUACCGUUAAGAACAAUAUUGUACUUGUGCUUCACUGCCAGUAGCCCUGUGAGGGCCGGAGGAGAUCUGGGGUAGGGAAUCAGCCCAGGGAUCCAGGGUAAGGAAUUGGCCUAAACUUUAUCAGUAGUAGGCACUGCUGCAUCUCAUUUAGAACAGACAGAAAGCUUGUGUUGCCGCAGUAAGCAAAUUAAGUAAUUUUAAAGUAGAAUACUUGUGUCUCUUUACAAUACUUGUUUUUUGUUUAGGGCAACCUGCAGAAGCUGAACUGUGCUCCUUUUGGAAGGGGCAAGAUGGCAUUAAGGAGAUCUGUAGGAAGAUCUGCAGGGUGUCUGCCUCAGUUUCUCCAACUGCAAAAGCAUUAAUUUUCCUGGAGGGCAGGUACUACCCAAACGCUCUCUUUACUCAUCUUGAUGGGUUUUGUAAACUAAUUAACAACGCAGAUCCUUGUACUACAUUAUUCUGUCUUGGCUAUGUGAUUUAGUUGGCAGCUUCUCAGUAACAUGACAAAUGCCUCUUCAGUCAGAAGUUUCAAGCAGAAUCGUGAACCUUUCUGGUUGAACAUGAGUCACCGGCCCUGUCACAGCCUGAUUUUGUCCUUCGCCUUCUGGGAAAGGGCCCAGGCGCCUCUGGCCAGAGGGGUUUUUCUGGGAAGUAGCAUGACUCUGCACAUCCUAGGCAAGAAAAUGAGAGCAGGCCCCCUCCUCUCUGGGGCAGUGGUCAAGGCACAGCAGGAAGGGUGACUUACAGGUAUGUGAAAAAAAAAAAAAAACAGCUGUAGGAGGUGAGACCAAAGGCAGGAGUAGCCCAGUGUCCUGGCCCAGCAGUGGGCAGCAGCAGAGGCCUAGGCAAGAGCACAGGGACAGAGAUGAUGCUUACAGCGUGCAGGGACUGGGGAGGUAGCACUGUGUCCAGUGAGCUGCAGCUGCUGCCUUAGCGAGAUUAAUUAAAGGAAGGAAGAGCCUCUGUUAACCACACACUAACAUUUUGAACCCAGUAAACUUCUGGUAUCUACACCAUCCUGGGGCACGGAGUGCCUGAGCGAGGAGGAAAAAAAAAUACAUCAUCUUACCUGUUCUGACCAAGUCACCAGCCUUCUCACUUCUGUUCAAGUCUCUUAAAUCUUCCUCCUCUGCAGGCCCUCUCUGGUUUCCCACACUGGAUACACGGCUCUUCCAGCAGGAUCUAGCCUUGUAUUAUGAACAGUCCUAGUUCUUCCCCCAGUCUUUAGCAAGAGCCUCGGCACAACAAAAGCUCAGACACUUGGUCUCCCCUUCCUGUAAGAGUUCAGGAGGAGGCUUGGCCUGACGGACAGCAAGUGCCUCCGGCAGUACCUUGGGGUGGCUAAGGGGAGUCGAGGACAGUGCCAGCUCCUUCUGUCAAGACUUGCAUCCAGUAAUCAACAGAAGAUAAAGGGGGGGAAAUUUGAGUAUGGAGUCUGAAUAAAAGAAGAAAAGUCCCUUACAACUGUAAAUGAAAAUGCAUGGGGAAAGACUGCACUAGCACAAUAAAACAUCUAACCUGUAAUUUAAAUCAAUUAAAUUUAAAUCAAUUUAAAUUCAAAAUAUUACAAUAAAUCUGAUCAGAAUUUAAGCCGUCAGCAGUACUUGUUCAGCACUUACACAGAGUGUAGCAAAACUGCUCAGUUAGCCACCGAGUGGUUCAUUUUUCACUCUUACCAACCAUUCUGCACAAUUUGGCUGGGCCCUCAAACCAGUGAUAUUGCCAUGGAGAAGAUGAAUCAGAUUCAGGCUUUUGUUGUGUUUUCUUUUUUAAAAAAAGAGGCUUUUCCUGUUUUAAAGCAGAAAUGGUAUUUUAUUGAUUUUAUUUGAUCCUGAAAAAUCAAAGAAUUACAAAGAUUAUGUACAAGUAUUUCUGGAAGUAAAAAUCUGGGAUCUGUUGCCAAGAUUUAACAUCUGUGUUUGCUGUCUUAACCACUGAUAAAAUAAAUAUGACUGUAUAAAAUCUCGCGCAUAGGACUGUCCAUCUUCUGUGUUGAAUUGCCUUAAUCUUAAUUUACGGAUGAAAAUAAUAAAGGCUUAGCUAACUCAA